AUGACAACAUUACAGGAGUUUGAAAGUGUGAUGUAUGGGAAAAAACAGAAAGCUCCCAGAUGGAAGGAUUGUACUUCUCGCACAUUGCAAAGAAUGAAAUUCGCUGCAGGAGCCAUCUACGUGAGUACUGCGUUUGAUCAGUCAUCAAAGAAUACAACUUUGGACAUGGUCGAGGACUUUCGGGAGUCCUUUCAAGAGAUGCUUACUGAGAACACUUGGAUGGACGAAAAAACGAAGAAGAGUGCUAUUCAAAAAUCUCUGGAGAUGCUGAGUCAGAUCGCGUAUCCGGACUUCAUUCUCAACGGCAAGGAACUGGACAACCAUUACGACAACUUCUCCGUUAGCGAAAACGACUCGUACAGCGACAUGGUAGAAAAGAUAUCACGAUGGGACAUCGAAUUUGACUUCAAACGUCUCAUCAAACCUGUCGAACGAGAUGAGUACGACUUCAACGCUGCGGUCGUCAAUGCUUACUACGCACCCGACGUCAAUGCAAUACAGUUUCCAGCCGCCAUCUUGCAAGCGCCAUACUUUGAUCACAGCUUCCCAAAAGCGCUCAACUAUGGUGGUAUUGGAACGGUGAUUGGACAUGAAACUACUCAUGGAUUUGAUGAUGAAGGCAGUGACUCUAGUUUCUUCUAUAUUGCAAAUUCGCAAAGGCGUCAACCUAUAAAUAGAGGACGAAGAAUAUGGGGAAGAUGA